AUGAAGGAAAAUAAGAAAAGAGUUGCUUUCUGGAACUGCUUGAAAUUGGAUGAACAUUCUCUCACGGCUAUUGAGUUGAAUGCACAAAUUAACAUGAUGAAAUUUGCACACCAACACUUUUCCCUAUUUGGUGAUGCUCAAGGGAUUUAUGUGUAUCCCGGAAAAGUCUCAUUUGGGGGUGUGGUUAUGGAAUUUAAGAUUAGUACUGGGGAUGAAGGUGGUGAAGGUAGCAAUAUCAAUGUGUACAUGGACAGACCACGUCAUGGUAUUAAAUCAGAUCAUGUGUAUCUAAUGUACGACCAAGCAUGUUCUUGCUACCUUAAUGGUCGUGCCAAACAUCAGCCAAGGUUGAAAAUCAAGGUUGCAUUGGCAUCGCAAACGCUUACAUCCAAGUACGUACCGUUACAGUUAAGAGCCUUUGGCAUCAGCAUAAUCAAUACUACAGAAUACAUCAAUUUUGUUCAAAAAAUAGAAUUGGGUGAUAGAAUUCCAAAGGUCUCGAUUUUGUUUUAG